UGCGGUGAUACGAGGCCGACAUACAUACAAACAUAUAAACGUUAGCUAAGCACGUUUCUUUUUAUCUAAUCUCAUAUCUAACGACUAAGGGUCUGAAAACGACAGCAACAGGUACAAUAUAGAAAAAAAACACGCAGAGAACGGGAACGUCAGGUUGUUUUUGUUUUCCGAAUCAAUAUCCCUAUCCAAACAGCAUGCUUAAGAUCGCAGCGGAGGGAAUUGCGCCCCGCUUAGCAUCUUUUUGCUUAAUCAAUGCGAGCGCCCAAAGCUGCUGCCAUCGUGUGGCGCCGCAAGUCGCCAAAGCAACACAAAAAAAUCUGUCACAAUCCCAAUCCCGGCUGAAGAAACUGGUCAUCAAAGAUCACUAUGAAUUUGAUCAGAAGGUGAUAAACAGCGACAACCCGGUCAUUGUCAACUUCCAUGCCGAAUGGUGCGAUCCAUGCAAAAUACUCACACCAAAAAUGUUGGAGCUCUUGGAAAACUCUAACGAAAUCGACCUAGCCAUAAUCGAUGUAGAGACCAACUUGGAUCUGGUCGAAACUUUUGAAGUGAAGGCAGUUCCCGCUGUUUUGGCUUUUCGCAAUGGUGUUGUCGUUGACAAGUUCAUUGGACUGGUCGAUGCUAACAGCAUAGAAACGCUGAUCGACAAACUGAAGCGGAAGCAACAACAGAAGCAAUAGGAAGCAGGCGUGUAGCUCGGAGUUAGGAUAAUUUCAUCAAACACACACAUAUGUACCUGUAUGCAUGUUACAUGUGUGUAAUUGGUGUUUAUGAGAAAUUUAAGUAGCAGGUGCUUUUUUAAGUUGCAAUACAGAUUUAUACAGAAUAAAGUAAUUGCAGUAGCUGAAGUAUAUAUAUACAUAUA